AUGGUUGCAUUGAGCAAUGCUCCACAAAAUCUCAAGUUGACAUCUCCUAAUAUUCAAAAAGACAUUGUAAAUGUGGCCGCAUUUGAAACUAUCAAUGUGAUUAUUAGAAAUCUUGGUGAUGCACUUUUUUCUAUGUUGAUUGAUGAAGCCCGUGACAUAUCAAUUAAGGAGCAAAUGGCAGUUGUAAUACGAUAUGUUGACAAAAAAGUCCAAGUGAUUGAGCGUUUUUUGGGUAUUGAGCAUGUUGCUAAUACGAAUGCUCUCUCGCUUAAACAAGCUAUAGAAAAUUUUUUCUUCAAACUUGGAUUGAGUAUUUUCAGAUUGCGGGGUCAAGGAUAUGAUGGGGCUAGUAAUAUGCAAGGUGAGUUCAAUGGUAUUAAAACACUUAUAGUGAAAGAUAAUCCUUGUGCAUAUUAUGUUCAUUGUUUUGCUCAUCAAUUGCAAUUGGCACUUGUAGCCGUGGCAAAAAAUCAUAAUCAAAUUAUUUUACUUUUCACUUUGGUUUCUAAUGUGGUGAAUGUUGUUGGAGCAUCAUGUAAACGCCGAGAUAUUGUUAGGGAGAAGCAAGCUGCAAAAGUUACUGAGGCACUUAAUACUGGAGAGCUAUCUAGUGGGCAAGGCUUAAAUCAAGAAACUAAUCUUAAACGUGCUGGUGAUACACGUUGGGGUUCACACUAUGGUACUUUAGUCAGCUUAGCUAGUAUGUUUUCAACAGUGAUUGAUGUGCUUGAAAUGAUUUCGGAGGAUGGUUCAAAUGCAAAACAACGAGCAGAAGCAAAUAUAUUGUUUGACUCAAUUCAAUCAUUUGAGUUUGUAUUCAACCUUCAUUUGAUGAAAACGAUAUUGGCUAUUACAAAUAUGUUUGUAGUUCGAGGGAGAAAAAAACGCAAUGCUCAAGAAAUUACAAACUUACAUUACUAUCGCGCUGAGUUACUCUACACUGUUUUGGAUAUGCAAAUUCAAGAACUAAAUGCUCGUUUUACUGAGUCGAACACUGAGUUGUUACUUUGUGUGGCAUGUUUGAAUCCAUCUAACUCUUUUUCUAGUUUUGACAGGAAAAAGUUAAUUCAUCUUGUUGAAUUUUAUUCCAAAGAAUUUUCUUCAGUGGAGUUCAUGGUACUUAAUGAUCAACUUGACACAUAUAUUAUCGACAUGCUAUCCAGUAGUGAGUUCUCAAUGUUGAAUGGAAUUGCCGAUCUUGCUAAGAAAAUGAUAGAGACUGGAAGAGACAAAGUAUAUCCAUUGGUGUAUUUGCUCUUGACUUUAGCAUUAAUCUUACCUGUUGCAACUGUUACUGUUGAGAGGGUAUUUUCAGCUAUGAAUAUUGUGAAGAAUCGGUUGCGGAAUCGAAUAGGUGAUGAAUGGAUGAAUGAUAGCUUGAUUGUCUAUAUUGAGAGAGAUAUUUUUGAUGGCAUUGACAAUGAUACUAUUAUGGAAAGGUUUCAAAAGAUGAAAACUCGUCGUGGUCAAUUGUAA